AUGGAGUAUAUGAGUACGGGUAGUGAUAGCAAAGAGGAGAUUGACUUGUUGCUAACUAAUUUAAAUAUGUCUGAGGUGAUAGACAUCAUGGAAAACCUUUAUCCAGGUGGAGACCUUGCAGUCUAUGAAGACAGCUUAAUUACAAUGUGUGAAGAGGCAAAUCAAAAUGAAGAACGUGCAGAAUCUUUACUGUUUUGUGAAAGGGAGGUUUCUUUGAUGUCCUCCGUCAAAUAUGGGACCGUGGAAGACCUGCUUGCUUUUGCAAACCAGGUGUCUAACACUGCAAAACAAUGUAAAGGAUGCAGACAGCAAGAAUCUGGAAUCCUCUUGAAUAUGGUAAUCACACCCAAGAAUGGCCGCUAUCAAAUCGACUCAGAUGUGCUCCUGUUUCCGUGGAAGCUGACUUACAGGAAUAUUGGCUCUGAUUUUAUUCCUCGGGGAGCUUUUGGGAAGGUGUACUUAGCACAAGAUAGAGAAACAAAGAAACGAAUGGCAUGCAAACUGGUCCCAGUGGAACAGUUCAAACCGUCAGAUGUUGAAAUACAGGCAUGUUUCCGUCAUGAAAACAUUGCUGAAUUAUACGGUGCUAUUUUGUGGGAUGAGACGAUCCAUCUCUUUAUGGAAGCUGGAGAGGGAGGGUCUGUCAUGGAAAAGCUGGACAGUUGUGGUCCUAUGAGAGAAUUUGAAAUAAUUUGGGUGACAAAGCAUAUUCUGAAAGGACUUGACUUUCUCCACUCCAAGAGGAUUAUCCACCACGAUAUCAAACCAAGCAACAUUGUCUUUAUGUCAACUAAGGCUGUUUUGGUGGAUUUUGGCCUAAGCGUUCAAAUGACUGAAGACAUUUACUAUCCCAAAGACCUUAGAGGAACAGAGAUUUACAUGAGUCCUGAAGUUAUCCUCUGCAGAGGCCACACAACAAAAGCAGAUAUCUACAGCAUGGGUGCUACUAUUAUUCAUAUGCAAACCGGCAUCCCACCCUGGGUGAACAGAUAUCCUCGUUCUGCAUAUCCAUCCUACCUCUAUAUUAUACACAAGCAGGCUCCCCCCUUAGAGGACAUUGCUGAAGACUGCAGCACUUCCAUGAGAGAGUUGCUAGAAGCAGCCCUAGAAAGGAAUCCUAAUCAUAGGCUGUCUGCAGCAGACUUACUGAAACAUGAAGCCUUACACCCACCACCAGAAGAGCAACCGCGGUGCCAGAGUCUGGACUCGGCAUUGUUUGAAAGGAAAAGACUACUAGCAAGGAAGGAGCUGCAGUUGCCAGAAAACAUUGCAGAUUCCUCAUUGUGUACUGGGAGCAUGGAGGAGUCAGACCUGCUAAAGAGGCAAAGAUCACUCUACAUAGAUCUUGGAGCUCUAGCUGGUUACUUCAAUAUUGUUAGGGGACCACCAGCCUUAGAAUAUGACUGAUUCAGUAACGUUGUAUAUUGGCAAGUCAGAAAUGGACCUCUACCUCUUAAAACUUGAUUUUAAGACUUGAGUUUCAAAUUUGUACAUAAAAAUAUUGCCAUUGUAGGCUGUAAAAUGUGAAUAGUGUUUAAUUGCACGGAUGAUUAAGCUAAACCCUUAGGGGCUCUGAUAAGCUGAUCCCAAGCAAUGAUACUUGUGCGUCUGCUGGUUGACCAACAAGAAGACGGCAAAAAGAACACUGCUGGGAAUGUCUUAAUCCAGGAUAUCCUCCUGUGCUGAGCCUUGCACUUUUAUAAAACUUGUAAUAUAUGCUUGCAAAUACUGCCA